GAAAGAAAGAAGGAAGAUCUGAUUGGGUGCGGCGGUUGCGGAAGAAACGGCGGGAGCCUGGGAGCUCUGAAGAUGGGGAGACUAAGUGGGUGCCGACGGGGAGACUGGGGACCGCGGGCCCUUCCCAAAGCUAUCGCGGCGCUGAGUCGGGCGCUGCCUGGGAAACCUAGCCCCGAGACCUUCCGCAGGGCCAAGUUCGACCUCCCCGAGGCGGUGGCCGAGCUUUGGUCUCUGCUUUUCUCCCUCCUUUGGCUCAUCCAUCAGAAGGGUGUGGGGUCUCGCAGGGAGCCGCCUGAUGCCCUCGAGGGCCAGAUCCAUUUUGUAAAAUGGAUGUUGCGCUGCCAUGGCUAUGGGAGACACCAUUUUUACCACCUUCCCGAAGUUGGCUCUCAAGGUAGUUGUGAGCUUUUGCUGGCCUUCUCUUGGCUACUUGAAUACUUCAACCUACCAGAAAGGUUUCUCUGCUGUGUACACCAAGUUGAUGAUGUCUGGAUCUGCUCGUGUAAGGACCUGCCUAGCUAUCGCGUUCCAUUGGAUCUUGGCCCUAAGGGAAGGGUAGAUAUUCGUUAUAUUCAGUGGCUGCUUGGGAAACUGCGUUUCCAGUGGCGGAGUUUGUAUGCCAGCCAGCAAGAACAAUGCAACCUUCUGAAUAAGAUUCAUUUGUACACAAGAGGCUGUUAUCUUGAGGAGAGCAUUGACCAUCUCUCUGUCCUUGAAACAGAACUCUUCAGGUUCUCAGGAAGUACCAAGCACCUAUUGCAGCAGUUGGAAUCAGAAAAUUCUUGCCUGGAAGGUUUUCUGGAGUGGAAGCAUAUGGAGCUGGUAUACUGGCAAUGGAUGGACACAGUGUUGGAUACCAGGCCGGUAGAUAAUCCUAAUACUGUUAAGCAGGAUAUAAUUUUGCCAGAGAUCCUAGAAUACUGCAAUCCUCAGUACCUAACUGAGGAGAUGGAUAAAAUAGAGAAGAACCUAGAGGCACUGAGCCAAAGACUUCAGGAGGCUGUGAAUCGGCACAGAGCAGCCUGGAAUACCAAGGUUUGCGGUUGUUCCCAGAGACUCCAAAGGUUGCCAGAGCUAAGCACUAUUACAAUGAAAGAAAUCCAGGAGGCUGUGGGAUAUGAACUGGCAGCUCUGGAGCAGGACUGGGGGGUUAAGAGCUGGCCCCAUGGACUACAUAGACUUCUGUUUAGACAGGCUGGAGAGUUGAGCAGUAGUGAGAUCCACCAAAUGACCAGAGUAAUCCAGAUACUGAGGAAGGAGGAAGCUAGACUCAAGAAAACACUCAGAAGUUUACAGAAGGAAUGUCAUCAAGAACUGGCCAUUCUGACACAGGGACUGGAGGGGGUAAUUUGGGUCCUUCCAAAUUCCUAAGGCAGUGAAAGGAAGUCCUCAUGGAGAUGCCUCUCCCUAGUUGCCCUGGCCUCAGAAGUGAAAUUUUACCCUCUUCCAGGUGUUGUGCCAGUUCAUGAUUGUGGAGAAAAGAAUUAAAGCAGGAAUAUGGGCCAUAACUCAGAUCACACCACUGUUUUUCUGGCCAGUCCCCUAUUACUUCUUUAAUGAUCUUUUAUCUCCUUGUGCUACCCUCCCUAGAUUACCUCUUUGUCUAUAAUUUCCCAAGUGAGUGAUAAAUCCAUCCUUCACUGGAGGAUCUCAAGUUCCAGGAAUUUUGCCUAUAUAUAACUUCUAUUCAUUAAUGCUAAUUCUAUCCUUUGGGACCAUACAAAUCUUCUAAUACUUCUUCCUUAUGAUAGACCUUUAGGUAUUAGUAAUUCAUGAUUAUAUUCACUCCAAAGAUCUCUGGGUCAAUUCCUUCAGUUUGUUCUUGUGUGUUUCUAAGAAUUGAAUUAUUUCCACAUCCUUGUCACUUUCUGGUCUUGCUUCAUUUUGUCUACAAUCUUCAGAUCUGGGCCCUCCCCAAUAUGAUUCUAAACUACCUUUCUAGCCUUAUUUCAUAUAACUCCUUUUAUUGUAGUUUAUGUUCCAGCUAGAAGUUAUCCCCAUGCUCAGAGUUUCUUCUUCUCCAAUCCCAUAUAUUCCUAUAAAUUAUUCCUUAUUUUAAUAAAUAAUAAUAAUUGUUAUUUAAUAGUAAUUUUAAUAAAUUAUUUCCUUAUCUUCAUCUUUUAGCAUCCUGUCUUCUUUCAGGGUUCAGAUCGGGUGGUAUCUCCUACAUGUAACUUUCCUCUGACUAAAGUGUUCUCUAUUCCUAGGUCACUGUUUGGAUUUUUCCUUUGUGUUCCUUUUCACUUCCUACCUUGUGUUAUAGUUUAAUCUUAUCUUCCUGCUCUAUCUUAUCUUCCUAUCUCUAUCUUCCUCCUUACUCUCCAGUAGAUUGUAAGCUUCUUGAGAGCAGGGAUUGUAAUUUUUAGAUUUGCAUUCUCAUUUCCUUCGGUGUUUUAGGUAACUACUUAAUAAAUGUUUGUUGAAUUGAAUUGAUUUCACUUUAAUAAUUGGUAAACAUAUUGAAAAGGAUAAAGUAUAGGUGCCUGGGAAAUUCUAAUCUAGCUACAAAGUGAUGUUACUUAUCACUUGUUGAGUCUCCAAACCACUUGAUUAUACUCUCAGGAAAGAUUAGAAGACUGGAAGAAGGGAGGUGACUUCUGUGUGCCAGAAAUUAGCUACAAUAUUUUGACCAAAUAGAUAUAGAAAGGACAUGGUUCAUAUUGAAUCCAAGUGGGUAAACAGAAAGUUAGAUUAUAGUUAAAGCUAGGCUUCAGAAAAGCCAAAAAAAAAAAACAAAAAAAAAACACCCAAAACAAAACAGUAAAUUAUGAACCAAUUCUGAGAACAGAUGAUCCAGGGUUUGUUUGGAAAUUCACGUGGAGCAUGUCCAGAAAAAUACAGGAGCUUGGGAGCAUGAAGUGUUGAUAAUAAUUUUUUACACUAAGGAAUCAGCCAGACAAUAUGGCUUGUAUGAUUAUGCUCCUGGACUUUGUUCUCUCUCAAUAUGUCUGGCACAUAGUAGGCAAUAAAUAAUGGUGAUUCAUUGAUUGAGAUUGCUUAAAAAGGGUAACAUGAGAGAUUUUGUCAGAUAUAUUGCUAAAAUCUUAAUAUAAUGUCUAUUUCAUUUACCUGAUCUAGUCAUUUAUAAUUUUGUCAAGGAAAUGAAGUUACAUUGGCAUAUUUUUUUCUUGAUAAACAUGUAGUGAUCACUGCUUUCUUAAGUGUUAACAAUCAUACUUUUCAUAAAUGUGUUCUAGAAUUUUGCUGGAAAUAAUAAUAGCCAUGAGGUAGGUAGUAUUGUUAAGCCUAUAUUAAUCUGAGCUUUAAAGAGGUUAAAUUUUCUCCUGGUCACAUAGGUAUAAGGUAUUAGAACCUAGAUUCAAAUUUAAUUCUCGUUUCAGGUUCAGUGCUAAUUCCAUUCUAUUUUAUAAGGAACCAAAGUCAAAUUCACUGAGACUUUGAAGAACUCAAUUCCUUUUUUUCUGAAAAUAGAAGUGACUUUGUCCAUUUCUAGUUUGUUAGUACCUUGUGUUUUACAGCUUUUUAAAGAUCAUUGAAAUUACCUAAUGAUAAAAAAAAAAAAAUCUAAUAAAUGAGAAGAAACAUAGUGUAAUGAAGAGUCAGUCCUAGUGAUCAGUCUACUAUAUACUAUAUACCCAGUUCUUUUCACGUCCUGAAAAAGGAGUUUGUUUGGCUCUGAUUAUUGAACUCAUUGAGGUCACCUCAGCACUUGUAAUAUCUCACUUGGAAUUCAUAGCAUCAUAGGCACAGGCCAUCAUUUUAUAGAUAAAGAAACAGAUACAAAGAAUAAGUUAGUGAAACAUUUAUUAAGCACCUAGUGUGUGCCAGAUACUAUUAAAAGUGUUGGGGAAUACAGGCCAGAGGUGAGGGUCAAGUCAAAUAGAUAGUAAGUAGCAUGCUGUAAUGUAAGGUUCGUGGAUGGAGUAGUGGAAACAUGGUCCCAUAAUUAUUUUUUUAUCUCUGACCAUGCAGAGAUGAGAGGCUCAUUUUAUGAAGGAAAAAGAACUGAAAGUUCCUGAAGAAUUCACGGGAAUAACCUAAGGCAUUGGUGGGGAUGAUGCUCAAGAUAAACAGAUGAAAUUUUGUUCCCUUAGACUUCUUUGAUAACCCAAUUUAGCCAAGAAAAAAACUGUCUUCUAGAGAUGUACCGGGGAGGCCUCCCCACCUGCUUGAUGUACUAGUGAUUAACAGUUUUGUCUUGUUUUCUCUCACACUCAUUAACUCCAAGCAGAGACUAUCCUUUAUUCAGGUUGUGUGGGGAAGAGUUUCUCCUCUUAGACUGGGAGUUUUCUAUAUGUGGGGUUAUGUUUUCUCUUACUGUAGUAAGUCUGAGUGUGAUCAUUUUUUUUUUUUUAACUCGGACUGAAAACUUUGAGGAUAGAACAAUGCCUUUUUCCUCCUGCCUAAUGAGAAAAAUAAUUAUUAUUAACCAGUUACUAUCAUGGGGGGAGGGGAGUCCAAGGUUUUGUUCCCUUUGUAUUUCUCCAUGUAGUUACUAGGUAAUGACAGCUUCUGAGGGAGUGAGCUGAUGAUAACUUGGGUUCAAUUUUUGAUGGGACUCCACUUAUCUAGGUGGAAUUCUUAGUAACCUCACCAUUGCUCUCCUCAGGUAAGACUGGGUAGAGGAUAGAUUCUUUUAUCUAGAUUACCUUAGUCAGGGUGUUUGGAGUAGAGGCGAGCGUCUUUGGCCAAGAGUGACCUAAUCAUAUUCAUGUACCAAUCUGCUCUUUAGAAUAAGGUCAUUUCAUAAUUUUCAUUCUCAUUAGUUGUUUAUCAAUCAGAGUUGAUUUCCAUCUGUCAGGAACACCCACUCUUCCAAGGGUAUAUAAAUGUUAACAUAAGUUUCAUCUUUGUUUUAUGAGAGAAAGCCACUGAUCUUUAAUCAUUUGCCAUUAACUAUUUGCUAAACAUAAUAAAUUAUUAAUUGCCCAGAAAUUGUUUCUUGGAUUUUUUUGUCACAUUAGCAUCUUAUCCCAGCCAACCUUGCUGACUAGAGCCUCCUAUCCUGUGCAUCAGAAAUAUAAACUAGUAAGAUGCUCCUUGGACUUCACUUAUAAAAUUCCUAACCCUGUUUUGUGGUAGCUCCAAAAGAUGGACUGUCCUAAUAUAUGGAGCAGCCCAUCUUUGUGGGUUGAGGGGUAGUAUAGAAAGAAGAAGAAUUGGCAUGUUGCCCUGCUUAAGAUGAGACCAAUUAAGAAGAGAAAAUGAUGAGCUAAAAUUGGGAAUACCAAAGAACCAGAGAACAUUAUGAAAUGUAAA